AUGACUAUGCGUUAUUCUAAAGGUCCAAAUAAAGGAAAACUUAUUUCUCCCUAUCUUCAAAAUAAAGCUUGUGAAUAUGUAUCACAAAAUCUUUAUAAAUAUCAAAUUUCAGUCACUUCAUUGCAAGAAACAAAUAAUGAAAUAGCAACCAAAAUUAAACAACUUCAACAACAAAAUAAUCAUCUUAUUCAUCGCACACAAUCACUUGGUGUUCAUACUAGACAUCUUUGGAAUCAGAAAUCAAAGCAUAUAUUUGAAAUUCAAUCUUUGGUUAGACAAUCACAAAAUAUUUCUGAUACUGCUUUUAAAAAUAAAAUCAAAUCUAUUUUCAAGAUAAAUGAAUUUGAAUAUACGAGAAUUUUUUAUGAAUUUUUGAUUGGAGAACCUUCUCAAAAUUGGUUAUCAACUUCUACACUCAAUAUGUGGCAUCAGGAAGUUUCUCAACUUCAUAUUGCAACUCAAAUUUCUCAAAUUGCAUGUGCUUCAGCUUUUGGAGUUAUGCAAGCUCCUGUUAUAAUAACAACAAAUCUUCUAAAUAUUUUAAAAUAUAAUAGUGAAAAUGUAUUAAAUGCUGUUAUUGAAUCUAUUAAAAAAGAAGAACUUGAUAUUAUGAAAUGUAUAUUGUGGACUAUUGAUAAUACAGCUUAUAUGUCAUCAAAUAAAAAAGAAGCAUUUGGAAUUCUAAGUGGUUCUGGAUUUUCCCAAAAUCCAUAUCUUACAAUCUUCUUUAUUUAG